GAUACGAAAGAAAUACACAUAUGUGUAUCGCUCUCUUCAUCGACACAUAGAUUUUUCUCAAACUUUGAAACAAAUUCGCAAUUGCAAUCAAAUAAUCUUGCAAAUACUAAACACAUACACAUAAUUCUCACAUACGAAAAUUAAUUUCAACAUUAGUUUCAAUCAUUAUCACUGAAACGUUUCGCUCUCGCUGCGUGUGUGUGAUGCGAUCAAUUUCAAAAAAAAAAAAUUAUUCCAAAGACACCAAAUAAAAGACACAAAGUAAUUAAACAACUUGUAAUAGUGAUGAGCAUUUUUUGCUUGUACGAAAGAAAAAGAGAACUUAGCACCGCCAACGUUUCUCUAUCACACAGAGAUAGCAGAAGUAAUGCAAUUUGGAACGGAAUUGCCAAUUAAAGUUACAUAUCGCAUAAUUGACAUACACGAAUUGGGCUCAUCUUAAUUGUAAUAUAUUUCAGUAAUUUUUGGAAUAGUUCGUUAUCUCAAAAGAAACUUGUGUGCAUCUGAGAUGUAAACGCAGGCCGUGUGCGCGUGUGUUAGUUAAUGUUUUCCAACAUUACCAAUUUGAUUUGAUAGCCGUGCGUGCGUGCGCGCUUGUGUAUAAGAGCUUGUUUUGUGUUUGUGUGUGUUGAAAAGAGCCAAUGAUAGAUAAAAUACGACGAGUUAGUUAGCUACAUACAACGGAAGAGAAAAUGAUGUUGCUUUAUCGUCGUGCUUUUCAGAACUUUGUGUCGAUUAACCGGUUACGAUGGCAUCAUUUACUCUAUAUUUCACAAUCGAAUCGCACAACGAUCGCAUGUUCGAUCAAUACCACUGCCAAUUCAUGUCAACAAAUUGUUCGCACAAAAACUGGUGUCAUCGCACAUCAGAAAGAUCAUCAAAUCCAACAUUUCGAUACCGAUCAAAUCAUUGAUGACAACCAACAAAUACCAAAAUCGAAUCUAUUCAAAACGAAUUGUAAACCAUUACCCUUUGAGGCGAUCCCAUGCGCUGAUCAAUCAAACACGAUUUUGAAUCAUUUCACCGGAAUUAUUGCAUUUUUAAAUCAAUGGAAACAAUUGCUGACAGCAAAAUGGGAUAAUCAAUUUCACGAUGAAAUUCACAAGUGCCAUCAACAAUUUGGACCGAUUUUUCGAAAAUCAUUGGGAUCAUCAAAAAAUGUAAUUUUCAUACAAUCACCGGAUCUAUUGCGUGAUGUAUUUGUGUAUGAAGGAAAGUAUCCAAAACAUCCGUUACCUGAGGCUUGGACAUUUUAUAACCAACUCCAUAAUUGUCAGCGUGGUUUAUUUUUUAUGGACGAUGUUGAAUGGUUGGAAACGCGCAAACAAUUAGCACCGUUAAUGUUGCGUAAUGACCAAAGAUUUUCAACCGCCAUUGAAAAUGCUACAGACGAUUUGAUUGAAAGUUGGAAGCAAAUUGCAAUUGAACAUCAACAUAAUCGUCAUUCGUACAGCUGUAAUGGAUUCACUGAAUUGCCACAGGCAUUAACAUCACUGUACGGUUGGUCGAUUCGUGUUUUAGUUGGCAUUAUGUUUGGUAAUGCGGCCCAUGUAAUGUGCAAUGAAUUGCGUGAGACAAUUGAUCAUUUUGCGCAAAUCGUUCAAAAUGUAUUCGAAGAUACGGUGCCAUUUUCAAGUAUUUCGCCACAUUUGGCGCACAAAUUUCGUUUACCAAUUUGGUUAAAAUUUGAAACAAGCGUCACCCAAACACUCAACAUUGCCAAUGAAAUCAUUGAAUUUGGUUUAAAGCAUUGUGAUCAUUGCAAUGACAAUGAUGGUUUAUUGAUUGAAUUGAAACGAUUGGGAAUGUCAAAUGAAAUGAUUAAGCGAAUUUUUGUCGAUUUAAUUAUUGCUGCCGGUGAUACGACCGCAUUUUCAACGCAAUGGGCAAUGUAUUUACUUUCGUUGAAUGAACAAAUUCAAGAUAAAAUACGGCACGAGCUUUUCGAAAUGGAUAAAUUGGAUACGCCACUGAUACGAGGCACCGUACGCGAAACACUGCGUCUAUUUCCGGUGGCCACUUUCAUCGGUCGCAUUUUGGGCAAAGAUGCCAUUCUAAAUAACUAUCACAUUGAUAAAAAUAGUUUGGUAUUGAUUUCAAUGUAUAGCGCUGGGCGUGAUGAAACUAGUUUUCCGCAUGCAAAUGAAUUCCAACCAAAUCGAUGGAACCGUGAUCCACACACCGGUACGCUUAAAUUUGUCAAUCGAGCACAAAGUUCAAUACCCUAUGCUUUGGGUGCGCGUAACUGUAUCGGUCAACGUAUUGCCAACGCUCAAAUGCACAUCAUUCUAUCGAAAUUGCUGCGCACGUUCAAAGUCCAACUGUUGAAUGCAAACGAGAUUGAUAUUGUUAUGCGUUUAAUAAUAAUGCCCAGCAAACCAAUGCGAUUCGCUGUCAAACCGAUCGAUUAAUUUGCACAAAAGGUCAAUUCAAUGCCAGUUUCACUGCUGCUACUGCUGUCAACCGUUUUCGUCGUUAUUAUUAUUGUUAAACGUCAUAACUUAUAAGCUACUGCUACAUACAUAACUUGUCUAAUAGCUAUAGAGUUAAUUAUCAUUUGCACACAAAACAAAACAAAACAACACGCACACACUAUUCAUUUUAAAAACAUUGUAAUUCUUGUUCGAUUAAAGAAGAAUACAUAUGCAUUUAUCAAUUUUACAACAAUAAUAAAACAAAAUCAAUGCUUUUAACAUAUUUUGAAAAUACAAUACCUUUGAAGAAUGUAUCAGAUAAUGUAAGUAAACGGUAGCCAAUUUAAAAUAAAUUAGAAAAAACUAAGUUGGAUGGAUAUAA